AUAAAUGCCUCAAUUGAAGAACUCCAACUCCAACUCCAACGGCACUUUUCUGUUUCUUGUCUUCUAAGUAUCACUCACAAGCUGCAGUGUUUGGCCGAUUACGACAAAGAGAAUGGGGCGUGCAAAAGUAAUCUUGAAACCAAUUGAAAAGGUGAAUACUCGGAGAUUAACUUUCAGUCAAAGAAAGAAGGGCCUUAUGAAGAAAAUUUCUGACUUUCACAAAUUUUGUGGAAAUGAAGCAUGCUUGAUUGUGUAUGAUGUUGAUGGUAAUGGUAAACCAGUGGUUUGGCCUGAGGAACCUUCAAGAGUACACUCAAUCCUUGAUAAGUAUGAGCACCAAAGAAGUAAGAAUGAUAAACCUGCUCCUAAGACAUUUGAUCUGGAAAAUUUCUUUGACCAUAGGAAAGUGAAGGUUGAAGCUGAAAUUGCUAGAGUGAAGAAGGAGUUUUUUAAGGUGAAAUAUCCAACUUGGGAUCCAUGUUUCAAUGAGCUGACAAUGGAGCAACUGAGUUUCUUCAUGGCUAAGCUGAGUGCUAAGAUUGAAGCUUGUGAUCAUAGGAUUGAUAUGUUGAAGAAGGAGCGUCAAAGCGAAGCCGCCACAGCCGCCUCUGGUAGCGUGCAAAACAUGGCUCAGGAGGGUGCUGAAUCCUCAAAUCCAUGCCCUGUUGAAGUAAAUGUGUCUCUAGAUUCAAUAGACCUACUUGAUUAUAUGAAUUGGGAUGAACUGGAGCAUCUGAAUUUGUGUGAUGUUUCUACUAACUAUGAAAGUGAUCUUUUUUGGGCCAACCAACUUGAUGAGCUUAUUUCUCAGAAUACGGAUGAUCUUUUUACAUGCUUCAAAUGAUUGGUGUUGAAGGACAUGAGUUUCAAGUCAGUACAGUAGAAGUUGAUGUUUUUUUGGUUAUGACCUAGUUUUUGUUAGAAAAAAGAGCUUCUUAUCUUUGUAAAAUUUAUUCAUUGACUAUUGACUUCUCUUUAUUUUAUGAAUAAAGAAGCUUGUUAUCUUUGUCCAAUUGAUGUAUUGACAUCUCUUUAUUUUAUCAAUGAAGAAGCUUGUUAUCU